AUGAGAAUAUAUACACUUAUUUUAAUUUGCUUAAUAAAUAUUGGAUAUUCUCUAUCUAUUUAGAUAAAUCAUAACCCAACCUGCUUUUAUGUAUAAUCUACUGAAAAUAAUUGUUAAUUGAUAGUGAAUUUUCAAGUUUCAGGAAUGGAUGAGAAUAAAACUGAAAUUAUCAUUAAAUCUGAAAAUAAUGAUUAAUUGCUAUAAAAAGUAAAUGGAAAAGAAGGGUCUUUAAAAUAAACAUUAAAAGAAAUAGGAACAUAUUUUAUUUGUUUCAAAAGUCUGAAUAGAAGCUUUAAAACUGUUAGCUUUGAUUUUGAUAUAGAUGGAGAUGAUAAAGAGUAUGCUUAAUCAGAAUAAUUUAAUUAAAUGUCUAAAGAAUUAUCUAGAACAAAUAGAAACUUUUAAUCUAUUUAUAGAAAUCAAAAUUGGAUUACUGAUAGAGAAAACUCUCAUAAGAUUAGUAAAAUUUUUAAAUAUUAUUUUAAUUAGUUUUAGAAAAUACUUAAAAAUCAAUUUAUUGGUGUUCAAUUACAAAAAUAGGAGUUUUAAUAUUAAUUACAAUAUUACAAACCAUAUUUGUGUACAAAUUUUUUAAAGGAAUAGAUGUUAAUUCACAAACCUAUUGA